UUUGAGCAUAUUUUCCUGAAUCAAUCUAGAAGAGAAAAGCAUUAACCCUAAAUUCACAUUUUAAAGCUUUCUUUUCUCCCUGUCCACUUCAGUAAUCAAUUGCGUCUUCAUAGCUUCUCAGACGCACGCUCAAGAUUUCAUUUCCUUAGGUUUUAUCUUUGUUUUCAGCUUCAUUUUUUAAUUUCUAAACUUAUUCCUUCUCGUUUUUAUAGCUUGAGCUUCUCUUUGGGAGCUGGGAAACCAAGGAAAAGAAGAACAAGUAGGGAAGAAAUGUCCUCCUGUGUAAAUGAUCCGGUGCUUAGGGUCAAGGCAAUGGUGUUGGUAACCCAUCAGUUGCAGGGUUCAUAUGUAGCGUUUCCCUCGAAGCAUUUAUCAUGGAGCAAAGGUUUAAUAUUGAGGCGACAUGUAACAACAGUUAACACGGUUGGGAAAACUGAGAAAAGUUCAUCAUUAAAAUGUAAUUUUUCUUUAAGUAUAGGGGCUCCUCGUGUUUGUGGAGUGAAAGUAAAACCUGUAAAAAUUUCUGCCUUCAAAGGCAGGGCCCAAAAUGAUGAAUCAGGAGGCAGAGGAAGUGGAUCAAAGAUCCACAAAAAUCCUGUUAAACUUUCUUACAUUCCAAAGGAGAGUGAGGAGACCGUAGCAGAAUCUGCAAAGGCACAUAAUGUUCCUCUGCCUUAUGCCUCUGAAACAAAAGAGACUAUUUCAGGGUCCCCUGCUAUUCAGAGACUCUUCAAGAAAUGGUUGACAAUGCUGCAGACACAAUCUCCUUGUCAAGAGAUAGAUGAGGUUUUGGGAGAAAGAUCACCUCCAAAGGCGGAAUCUGGAACUAAAUUUGAGGUGCAGAACAGGGGAAGAGGUGAGACUCUAAAGGCAGAUUGGAGCCACUUUUGGAAUCUGGAUGCAACAGUAAAGAUACCCUUACUGAUAUUUUUUCCAUGGUACCUGGCUCUCAACGUUGUUUAUGGUGCUCAAGUUUCAAAGGAGUUGAUUCCUUUAUGGGUGUUGGGGCCCAUAAUUGUUUCUGUAUACAUCAAGAUGCUACGAUGGUUGUUUGUACUUUAUGUCUACUGCUUCAAGCAGACAGUUCAAGUAGUUAAGAAUUUGCCAACUUACUAUGCGGUGGAGUAUAUUGCCCAGGGGAAGCUUAAAGAAGAUUUUGGAGCUCGUGUCUGGCAAUCUGUGGUGGACUUUAAGAUCUCGGAUUUUAAAGAGCUGGGUAGAAGAAAUCUGAAAGUAUUUCAACAAUGGAUGGUGGAGAAGUGCCUGGAUUUUGUGGAAUCAAUAUGGCCCUUGUAUUGUAGAACCAUUAGGUUUCUAAAGAGGGCUAAUCUGAUAUAGAAUGGAUUGUGAGUUGAGAAAAGUAUUUAAGCUGAGUAGCACAUUGAAAAUGGAGUUUUGUGUGUGAAAAUGUUACCAUCUCAAUUUGAAAAUUUUGAAAGAGAGCUGUUGGUGUAAAACCCCAUUUUAGAAGUGGGGAAGGGAAGAGGGAGAUUUGUGGAUGUUUUAGGCGUAAUUUUGUUGUAAGGCAAUGUUUGAUUAUUCUUGCUUGAGGUUGAGGAGCAUACAAUAUGUUUAUUUUCCUCUUAGUGGUAAUUAAAUGAAUUGUAAUAUAUAUAU